AUGCCGUUUGGCUUGAGACUAGAGACCUUAGCGGUCGCGUUCCAGACCACGACGCUGUUGUGGCUCUGGUGGCGGCAGCAGCAGCAACGACCUGAAGAUUCGCAACAGAAGGAGACCAUUCAGACGUUGAAACGCGAUGUGGCAAAGAAAGAACGAGCGCGAGUCGAUGAAAGACGAGGCCGCGUCGCUGCAGAGAAGGAGCUGCGAUGUGUGAUGGAGGAGAAGCUGGACACUAGCAAGGGCUGUUUUGUACAGCCCGUAGGAACCGUGCAAUCUUGCUUCAAAGUGUGCUUGGGGACACCUCGUCAAGGCUCCCUGGCCCCGUCGACGCGAGCAAAGAUCACUUUUUAUCGAGGCGUGUCACCCGAUACGUUGGUAGGGCUGAAGGACUUCAGCCACGUUUGGAUUUUGUUCGUCUUCCACCAAAAUACGAACGGAAGAAAUUCUCGCGCGCACGAAGGGCUUCGAUCCGAUAGUCAUCGCCACACAUUCCGGGCCAAAAUUUCUCCACCGAUGCUAAAAGAACGGGUCGGUAUUUUUUGUACACGCUCACCGCACCGCCCCAAUCCCAUCGGAAUUACGCUGGCACAUAUCGAGCACGUCGAUGUUCGCGAGCGCACGGUGUAUCUGACGGGCGUCGACUUACUGGAUGAGACCCCGGUAUUGGACAUCAAGCCGUAUAUUUCAGCGUUUGAUAGCCUCCCUGAUGCACGUGCGGCGGCCUGGGUGUCCACUCCACAGCCAUCAAUUGAAAUCGAGUGGAACUCAGUCUCGCUGCAAUCUACAAUUCACAAGCUCUCAGAAAAGUCGGUGCACUAUCGCGGUGCCCCGGAAAAUCUCGUCGCUGCCAUUGAAGAGGUGCUGCAAGUUGACGUUCGCAGUAAGUACCAGACUCGGCGUUGGACGUCGCCUGACUACAUCAACAGCCAGGUCAUCGACAAUGUCCGCGUGCAGUACCGCUUUGCUCUAUUGGGUCAGCCUGCUUCAUUUGAUGGUGGCAAUAGCGGCGCUGUUGCCGCGCGUAUCCUGAUAUUUGCAGCGGAAGAGGCUCCUCCUGCAAAGUAG